GCAGCAUAACACUUAGUUCUUGACGGUCAGAUAUGUUUCGAAUGUUGAUGUAGAAGUGUUACGUGUGGUGUCUGGGCCGUAAAAUUCUACGUUUACUAUGUUACUAAGAAAAUGUUAAGAAAACUGGUGUCGGAUGGCAUUUAAAAGAAUGUGGUGCCCUCAGAGACAGACUUUCUUGUUUAGGAAUAUCAACAAAAUUUCCUGCGCAUUUUAUUCCAGACGCAGUGAUUCGAAAAGUGCAGAUUCAUAUAAGCCAGUAAAAAACAGAAAAUCAGUUGAUGAAACUGCUAACAAUUCCAUUGGAACAAGCCCCAACUGGGAAUUACUAGCGCCGAGGGGUUACCGCUUCUACAUGCCUGGCAAUGUGGGUCCAGCAUGGCAUGAUACUGUAACUACCGCUCACUUAGAGGAGUUCCAAGGAAUAAAUUCUGAUAAGAGCAAGAAGAAGACCUUAGAAUAUGCUGUGGAAUGUGUAGCUCAAAUCUGCCCUUUGCUUCUGAGAAGAGGUGUGAUGGAGCUGUUCUCAAGGACAGACAUUGAAGGAUUUGACCUAACAAUUGUUACAUUAUCGCAGAAAACAGCUACUGACCUAAUACACGCAGGUCACGAGGUGGAAACUGAACAGGAAAAAGUUACAAAACUUUUUAUUCUAGCAGCACAAGAGAUUUGCAUGAAGUUGAGACUUGCCGGCUAUUGGGCAGACUUUGUUAAUCCGUUCUCUGGUCGUCCAUACUUUACUCCAUUUCAUUCAGCAGCAGUGUAUGAAGUGGAUGAAAGAUUACACUGUUUGGAUUAUCAGAUAAAGGAUCAUGGCGACUGCAAAAUUAUAAGUAGUGAAUGUGACAGAUCUCGCAGUUUCAUAGGAAGCCUGUUCACGACUGCACCAGCCAGUAUAACUCUGCUACAGGAUAUUCUACAGUGUGAUUAAAUAUUAGGAAUACUAGAAUUGUACUUCAUUGUUGUACUAUAAUGAUUCAGCCUGCCGGAAUUUAUUCAUAAAAUGUUUAUUUUGUGAGAAGUUUUUGAUUUGUGUAGCCGAUGAAGUUUGUAAGAAAUUGAAAUAAAAUUUUUAGUUCGAUUAAAUUAAAUAAAACACACUUGUCACAAUGUA